AUGGGAUUGGUUGGAAUUGGGAUCGGAAUCGAAUGGAAUUGGUCGGAAUUGGAAUUGGAAUCGAAUGGAAUUGGUUGGGAUUGGGACUGGAAUCGAAUGGAAUCGGCCCAUAAUUGGAAUCGGAAUCGAAUGGGAUUGUUUGGAAUUGGAAUUGGAAUUGGUUGGAACCGGCUGGGAUUGACUGGAUGUGAUUUGAAACUAACGUGA